AUGUCGAUGGUCUUUGACGAGUACGGCCGGCCGUUCAUCAUUCUGCGCGACCAGGACCAGAAGCAGCGCCUCCACGGCGUCGACGCCAUCAAGAGCAACAUCCUCGCGGCCCGCACGGUCUCGAACCUCCUCCGCACAUCCCUCGGGCCGCGCGGGAUGGACAAGAUGCUGGUCAGUCAAGACGGGGAGGUCACUAUUUCGAACGACGGCGCCACGAUCCUCGAGCAGAUGCACAUUGAGCACCGCGUCGCGCACUUGCUCGUGGAGCUGAGCAAGUCGCAGGACGACGAGAUUGGAGACGGGACCACUGGCGUCGUGGUGCUGGCGGGCGCGCUGCUGGAGCAAGCGGAGAAGCUCCUGGCCCACAGGCUCCAUCCCAUGCGCAUUGCGGACGGGUUUGAAGAAGCCUGUGACGUGGCGUGCACGCACUUGGGCGCGAUUAGCGACGUGAUUUGGUUCUCGGAGCACGAGACGACGCCAUUGGUUGAGACGGCAAUGACGACGUUGUCGUCCAAGAUUGUGAACAAGCACAAGCGCCAGAUGGCGCAAAUUGCCGUGGAUGCCGUGCUCAAAGUGGCCAAUUUUGAGACGAAAGACGUGAAUUUUGAGCUGAUUAAGGUCGAGGGCAAACCAGGCGGCACGUUGGCCGAGACGGCACUGAUUCACGGCAUUGUCAUUGAUAAAGACUUUGCGCAUCCGCAGAUGCCGAAGGCAGUGAAGGAUGCCAAGAUGUGCAUUUUGACGUGUCCGUUUGAACCGCCGAAGCCCAAGACGAAGCACAAGGUGGACAUUACGAGUGUCGAAGCUUAUGAACAGCUCUAUAAGCAGGAACAGGAGUACUUUACGACGAUGAUCAAGCAGGUGAAGGAGAGUGGAGCUAACUUGGUGAUUUGCCAGUGGGGCUUUGAUGAUGAAGCCAACCACUUGCUCUUGCAGAACGACCUGCCGGCCGUGCGCUGGGUUGGUGGAGUAGAGCUCGAGCUGAUUGCGAUUGCCACGGGCGGACGCAUUGUACCGCGGUUCUCGGAACUCACAGCGGAAAAGCUCGGCCGGGCUGGCACUGUGCGUGAGGUCGCGUUUGGUACUACCAAAGAGCGCAUGCUUGUGAUUGAGGACUGUGCGAGCUCGGACGCUGUUACAGUGCUGGUCCGUGGUGGGAACAAGAUGAUUGUCGAGGAAGCAAAGCGAUCGCUGCACGAUGCCAUGUGCGUAACGCGAAACCUGAUCAAAAACAACCGUAUCGUGUACGGUGGGGGUUCUGCCGAAAUCGCGUGCGGCAUUGCUGUGCGGAACCACGCUGAUAAUACCAAGGGCAUCGAGCAGUACGCCAUUCGCGCCUUUGCAGAUGCCCUAGAGGAUGUUCCAAUGGCCUUGGCGGAAAACAGUGGUCUGAGCCCCAUUGACUCGCUCUCGGCUGUACGCGCGCAGCAGAUUGCUGAGAGUAAUCCGCGACUCGGUAUUGACUGCAACUCAACGGGCACAAACGACAUGAAGGAGCAACAUGUGUUUGAGACCCUCAUUGGCAAACAGCAGCAGUUGCAGCUUGCUACUCAGGUCGUGCGGAUGAUUCUCAAGAUCGAUGAUGUCAUUAUUGAAGGCUCGUACACGUAG